GGCAGGAAUGCUAUGUGGAAGAAGAAUCAGGAAAACUCUCGGCGUAACGGUUUGGGGCGAAUAGAGUAUUUUGCUUUUUAUAAAUUCUUAUCUUGGCGAUCAAGAAAACGGAAUUUUAAGAGAGGGAUUGAUCGUUGAGUUCUCGAAAGUUGAAACCAACCUAAUAGAAGAAGAGAAGGCCAUGGAGAUGGGGAGAGGGAGGAAGGGGAUGAUGUUGUCGUUUCUUGCCAUUCACGCGGCGAACGAGUACUACAAGCUGCCUUGGAAGCCUCCAGUUACGGCCGGUCUUCUCGCUGCUAACACUCUGGUGUACCUUAGGCCUGCGUUCCUCCGGUCGCUUCUACCUCCGAUCGAUGAGGUCUGGUUCAAUCCCCAUCUCAUUAUCAAGUAUAGGGACCUGAAACGCUUCUUCUUGUCGCCAUUCUUUCAUUUGGGUGAAUCUCAUCUGGUAUACAACAUGAUGUCAUUAUUAUGGAAAGGGAUCCAGCUUGAAACUUCAAUGGGGAGUGCUGAAUUUGCGACUAUGGUUGCCACACUGCUUGGUAUGUCACAGGGUAUCACGCUGCUACUUGCGAAAUCCCUUCUCUUGUUCUUCGACUAUGAGAGAGCUUAUUAUUAUGAGUAUGCUGCUGGAUUUUCUGGAGUCUUGUUUGCCAUGAAAGUUGUUCUUAAUUCUCAGUCGGAAAACUACACUAAUGUGUACGGAUUGAUAGUUCCAACACGCCAUGCUGUGUGGGCAGAACUGAUUCUCAUACAGAUGUUUGUGCCUGGUGUUUCAUUUCUUGGCCACCUCGGUGGAAUACUUGCUGGGAUUCUAUAUCUGAAGUUGAAGAGUGUGUAUUCUGGAUCAGACCCCGUGACCCUAAUCAUCAAGUCUCUUACUGGUGCAUUGAGCUGGCCCCUAAGCUUUGUUAGGAACUUGUUUGGGUUCCGGCGUGGAAGGAUUAGUGGCAGGGGAACUGUUGGUAGGAGACAGACUGGGCGGACUGUAUCAGGCACAUGGAGAUGCGAAGCAUGUACAUAUGAUAAUUCUUCUUGGUUAAACAUAUGUGAGAUGUGCGGGACAAGUCGUGGUGAUGAUGGAAACUCAUUAAAUCAAUUUUCACAUCAUUCUCGUGACCCUCCAUUGGAAGAAUUACGACGACGUAGACUUGAAAGAUUUGGUUGAUGUGUAUAUUAUGUUGAUUGUUCAGAGACUGCAAAAUUUGAUGGAGUGUACCAAAUAAUACAGGCAAUACAUUUAGUGUUCCAUAUUUCUACUGCAAAUUCAAUGUUUCUGAAAAAUUUCUGAAAACAUCCACCACCAAGGGUAUUCAAGUUGGUUGUGAAUGAAUAUUUUCAGUUGAGUGAUCCAAAUAUAACUCUCUAUAUUUAUAUUUUUAAA